AGGUAGACCGAUCAUCGUUCGCGUUUAUCACUUUCAGUUUAGUUCACUUCGUCGUGCUGUACGGCCCGAUUCGACUCUUGUUCUUCGAUCGUGUGCUCACCUCGAGUUCAAAGGCUCCUCAAAGUCUCGACGGAUCGUUUUUUCCAGUUUGUGGAUCGUAUAUUUGCCGUCGCGUCGUCGGUUGAUCGUAGCAUCGAUCACUCAAACUAUUUGAGUGGUUUUUCAUAUGAGUGUUCAACAUAGUUCAAUUUAUUGAGUGAAAUCGUAUGGAUCGCAACUCAAUUAGUGUGGAUCAGUGGUAAAAUGCAAACAAAAUAAGUGGAAACUAAGAUCGUAAAACGAUCUUAAGAUAGAAAAUAGUUUAAACUGUGAGUGAUAAGAAGAAAGAUCAAAAAAAAAAAAAUGGAUGCAAAUCAGCAUUUGAAAGUUGAGCAUCGGGAUUCGAUAUCAUCGACUAAUUCCUUAGACGUUCCGCCCAUUCCUCCCUCGCGAACUCCCAAGAGAGUUUCCUUCUCUGAUAAUACUCCUGCAAGUAGUCCCAUAGGCGAUGUCCCUAGCAACAUCGAAUUCAAUCCAAUGACCCAUUUUCUGCAGAAAGCUGCUUCAUAUCUGGAGCAUCUUCAUGAGAAUCGCCUUGAUCCUUCAGCAAGUGAAGCAUCAUCAUCAACAACAAACGAUAAAGGAGAAGCAUCGGUUAAAACUGCAGCUACCAUUGAAGCUAUUGUGAUAGAAAAUAAUCCUGCUCCUUCAUCAUCUUCUCCUCCUGCACGAAGGAUCAUGGAGAGUGUGGCAGAGUCUGUGACACCACCAACUAUGCCCGUAUCGGUGGAUAAUAGUCCGGCGAGUUCGGUUUUCGAACAUCAUCGUCGAGCGUCCCUUCCGAAUGGAAAUGGGAAUUCUGCCAUUAUUCAAGCCGAACGGGAAGAUGAAAAUCGAAUUGUAAGCUAUUUGGAUAGGUACCACUUAGAUAUGGACCAAAACUACAGUUACAUGGAAUUGGAAGUGCGAAGGGAGAAAAUUAGAUGGCUUUUGAUAUCGGAAUGCAGUUUGCUGAUGGGCGAUGGGAAACAUACGAGGGAAGGAUUUAGAAAAUUAUUUCUCGAUGAGGAAUUCCAGCAAAAACUCUUCCACCUCUUCGAUAUCGAUGGCCAGGGAUAUCUGGUGCAGGAUCGUUGGAUUGAACAUCUCAAGGGACGACUAACGGAAGAUCGUCAAAAAGAUUUUGCUGAACAACUGGAAUCAGUGGCUUAUGUGAUAUGUGGCGAAAGUAAAAUAACGUUUAAUAAUUUUGAAGAAAUUUGGGAAGCUCGUGGGAUGGUUGACAAAUUCUACAGGCUCAUUGAUGUAGAUGGAACUAAUUUGGUUUCAACUAACCAAGUGAUGGAAUUUAUAUCAAAAAUUACAAACUUAAGGCCCCGAAACGGUUUUGACAAGAAAUCUCUGGAACAAUUGGAAUCACUUUUUCGACGAACUGUUGGAAAUGAAAAGGAAAUCAGUAGAGCCGAAUUUAAAAAGAUUGUUACAUCCAAAAAUCCUUUUUUCACAGAUCGUGUCUUCCAAAUUUUUGACAAAGACAAUUCUGGUUCCAUUUCACUCCAAGAAUUCAUCGAUGCAAUUCAUCAAUUUUCUGGUCAAUCAGCUGAUGAUAAGAUUCGUUUCCUGUUUAAAGUCUAUGACAUUGACGGUGAUGGUUUGAUCCAACACAAAGAACUUCACGAUGUGAUACGUGCUUGCAUGGAAGAGAAUGGAAUGAGAUUCUCAGAGGACCAAAUAGAAGACCUAACAACAGCGAUGUUUGAAGAUGCCGAUCCCUACAAUCGAGGAACAAUAACCUAUGAAGCCUUGAAGAAUCAACUUCACAAACAUGGUGGCCUACUUGAAAACUUGAGUAUAACAAUCGACCGAUGGCUUGUUCCGGUGCAGGAAAAAGCGAAACCUAAGGCCAGUAAGCGGUGUUUGUCAAUUCCACAUCAAUUUACCGGAGCGUAUGUUCGCAACAACCAAGUCUUCGUGUCAUAUCUGGUGAUGUACAUAGCCAUUAAUGUGGGUCUGUUUGUGUCGAGAUCCAUCCAGUACCGGAAUAGUAAUUUUAACACAAUUCUAGCAAGGGCCUGUGGACAGUGCCUAAACUUUAACUGCGCUUGGAUUUUAGUGUUGAUGUUAAGACAUUCCCUAACUUAUUUGCGAUCACGAGGAUUUAGUUCGUACUUACCACUUGACAAUCAUAUCUACCUCCAUAAGUUGACAGGUAUGGUGGUUUCAGGUUUGAGCAUAAUUCACACCAUCAUGCAUUUGUGUAAUUUCUCCACGGUCGUGGUGUAUGAUCCGAAUAUAAAUGCCGGUAACUUUACCCUAACCGAAUGGCUUUUGACAAGUAGGCCAGGUCUUUUUGGGCUGGUUAAAGGUUGGGCCAAUCCAACAGGGUGUGCCCUAAUUAUCAUUUUACUGAUCAUGUUUGUUUGCUCACAACCGUUUGUUCGAAGGAAGGGAAGUUUUGAAGUAUUCUACUGGACACAUUUGCUUUAUGUGCCAUUUUGGAUCUUGACCAUUUUCCAUGGACCGAACUUCUGGAAAUGGUUCAUCCUGCCAGGAUUGGUCUAUGCAGUGGAAAGAAUUCUCAGAUUCGUUUGGAUGAAGUCAGAGCAUGGAAAAACUUAUAUCAGUUCUGGUUUACUGUUGCCCUCGAAGGUUGUGCACUUGGUGAUAAAACGUCCUUAUAACUUCCACUUUAGACCUGGGGACUACAUCUUUGUGAAUAUUCCAUCGAUAGCCAAUUACGAAUGGCAUCCAUUUACCAUAAGCAGUGCUCCCGAGCAAGAGGACUACAUGUGGUUGCACAUUCGGGGUGUAGGCGAAUGGACAAACAGACUUUCAGAUUAUUUCGAAAAAGAGCAGGAAAAACUCCAUAAUGGUGAAAUAUCAGCCCAUGUACCAGAAAGUUCUUCAAAUUCCACGAGUAAUGAAACAAAUGGCAAAUCAUCAACCCCUCAGACAGACUUUCUAGCCAAAAUGCAACAGAAUAAUUCCUCAGAUCCGACAAAACAAAGUAUAGGCAUUUCCAAGUUGGCAAUAGAAAGAAACACCAAAGCCGAGGAUUCCGAAAAUAAAACCAUGAAAAGUAUUAGACAAACCUUACAGAGAACAUUUUCAAGAAAGGAAACAGCUGCUUCGCCAAAAGGUUCAGGCAUCGCGAAUGAUGGAUUUGUAUCGGAUGAUGGGAAUUUCGAACCAGUUCCCUUGCCAAGACGUAAAUUGACACCCGACAAGAGAUUGCAGAAUCUCAUGAAUAAAGUUCCCUUGGAAAAGAGUCUUUCCAUGCCGGACAUGGAAGGAAAGUUCAAGAAAAGAGAAAGGAUAAGAGCGCUACGGGAAUACACUCGAUCAGAAUCGGAAAAGUCUUUUGACCAAGCGAAAAUCAGGAGAGCUCGUCUGCAGACGCUGGGGUUGGCCUAUUUGAGCCCGCAAAACAAGUCACUGGCACAAAGUUUCCGCUACAUGCGUCACAAACCCACAAUCAUAGCUUUUAAGACUCCCAGUCUUGAGAAUUGUGAACCGAGACCGUCUUCAAAUUCGAUGAUUGUUUCACCUGGAAUGUACACCCAAAGAGAAGCCGAAGAAGGUCGCAUCGUAAAACGGAGCUCAUCCCCAUCUUCGUCCAAUUCUCCACCAACCAGCACGCAUGGUGUAAAUUAUCCCGUAGGAAAACCCUUAGAGGAAUCUACUAAAACAAGUUGUUUGUACAGGCCAACAUUCCUUAGAUCAUCGCAUAAAGCUAAAAGAGGCUCGGCUACAAAUACAAAUGUAACUACUAAUGCUAGUAGUAAGGUUACACUUGAAGUUGGCGUUUUAGAGAUUUACAUUGACGGACCAUAUGGUGCUCCAUCAAGUCAUAUUUUUGGCGCCCAACAUGCUGUCCUCAUUGCCACUGGCAUAGGUGUUACUCCAUUUGCAUCGAUUCUACAAUCAAUAAUGCAUAGAUAUUGGAAGGCACGACAUUCGUGUCCGCGAUGUCAAUACGAGUGGGCAAGUGAUAUUCCCCGAACGGUAAUGAAUCUAAGAAAAGUCGAUUUCUUUUGGAUAAAUCGAGAUCAAAGAUCAUUUGAAUGGUUUGUCAAUUUGUUAUCACAAUUGGAAAUUGAACAAGCUGAGCUUGGUGGAGCAAUGGAAAGGUUUUUGGAUAUGCACAUGUACAUAACGAGUGCUCUACAGAAGACAGACAUGAAAGCUGUAGGUUUACAACUUGCUUUGGAUCUUUUACAUGAAAAGGGCAAACGUGAUCUUAUUACCGGUUUGAAAACUCGAACAAACGCUGGUCGUCCAAACUGGGAUAAAGUAUUUAAACAGCUACAAGCUCAGAAGAAAGGCAAAAUAACGGUAUUUUAUUGUGGACCAGCUCAAUUGGCCAAAACACUGCGAUACAAAUGCGAUCAAUAUGGAUUUGCUUUUAGAAAAGAGUGUUUUUAAAAAUGUUUGAUUUGUUUAUGCAUUUUGUUGUUUGUAAUUUAUUAUUUUUUUAUAUAAAUAAUUUAAGUAUUUAUUAAGUACUUAAUAAUUUAAUAUCUAUAUUAUGAUAUUUUAAUGGUUCUGGUUAUGGGAUAUUACUCGUAUGUUAUGUUUUCUUUUGA